AAUUCAAAGAACAUCCCAAUACUUAUUACUAUUUGUGUGUUCAAUAUACAUAUGGGGAAUAUUGCAAUUAUACAUAUUUUUUAAAAGGGUAAUCGGAAAAACUGAUACUUUAAAGAAAAUGGAUGUACCUUCCAAAGUAUUACUUGUAACAGCUAACGUUGGUAGUUUGUUUGAAGAUCCAGAAGGACUUCUUCAGACAUGGCUUCAUGAAUUUCUUUCCAAGGUGUCGUAUAUUCAACCAAAAUUUUUAGCUUUGCACCUUCAAGAAGUCGGAGGAAAAACUUACGAAAAAUCAAUGGAACACGUGCAAGAAUUUAUCAGAUGCUUGUGUGAUGCCAGUGUAAUGGCAACUUAUAACUCCAUUCAUGCAUAUAUGGAUGAAGAUUUUAAGUCAGCUGAACACUUUACGGCCCUUGGAAGUCUCUACUUCGUUCACGAAGACAUAGUGUCUUUGAAAAUAUGGAAUUUUAUAACUCACAACUGGGAAGAAAAAAUUCAAGAAGUUAAAGAUAAACGCAUAUAUUGCGGUAAUAUUGAAGCUAUUGCAACAAAGGAAAAGUCUAAAUUUCCGCAGAACUAUUUUCCGGAAUGUAAAUGGUCUCGGAAAGGUUUUAUGCGCACACGUUGGGAAAUUAAUGGCACAGUGAUCGAUCUAGUCAAUAUCCACUUAUUUCAUGAUGCGUCAAAUUUGGCUGCAUGUGAAAAUUUUCCAUCAGUAUAUUGUAAAACAAGGAGAAGAGCAUUAGUUCAUACGAUUGAAAGAUUUAAUUCGGAUGAACAGAAUGGAUCAGUACCAUACUUUCUAUUUGGGGAUUUCAAUUUUAGAUGCGAUACUGAAGGCGUCGUAAGAGAACUAACCAAAAACCUUAAUGCCUAUCGCGUUGAAAAUAACAAAAAUGAAAACAAUAAAGUUCAUUAUCGCAAUUCAAAUGGAGACACCGUACUUACUAUAGGAAAGAAGGAAUUUAUUCAUGUCGAUCAUCAAUUGAAGUUUAAGGAAGAUUGGCUCAAGAAAUAUGACAGAGAAUUGGAGCCACUUAAGGACAUUCUAAACGAAUAUCCGAUCAAUUUUGUUCCUACUUAUCCUUUUGAAGAGGACCCACAAAUGCCUAUGGAUUAUAUGUCAACUCGUUGUCCUGCGUGGUGUGAUCGUAUUUUAAUGAGUCCCCAAGUUAAGGAAAUUAUCCAAAUUGAUGAAUGGAAAUAUGGCAUGAUUGGUGAAUCUGCAUGCAUGGGAGAUCAUAAGCCCAUUUACUUAAGUGUCCGUCUUAAGCCAAACAAAGGCUCAGCUUAUAACCCUCAUCUUCUGGAAUCCUUGAAGGUUUUAGAGCAUCCACCCUUGAAUGAUGAUAGUCUUUGGAUGGAACAAUCAAACUGUUCUUCGAACAGUUUGGCUGCCAAGUCGCAUUAUAUUCGUAUGAAGCCCGUCUCUACCAGUCCGAGUAAAAAUGUGAAAGACAACAACGGUAUUCUUUCUUGCAAAAAUGAAGAUUGCACCAGUCUUGACAAUGAUAAUCUACUGCUACUAAAGGAAACCACUGUUUAAAAAAAUUACGUCAAGAUUUGUGUAGAAUGGUCCAAUUACUUGUACCUUAAAGUAUUGUUUUGAAAUUAUGAGUGUUAAAUGCGUCCAUCUUAGAUAAUGUAUUUCAAUUGGAGAGCUGGGAAUACUUAAAAUAUAUAAACACGUGUACUU